UCCCGCCGAGCAACCCCCCCCCCUGAAUUAUCCCAAGACUUUUCGUCGCUGUGCUGCAGGUGAUGCUUCCCGAGGCAGAGAGGAGAUGGCCACGCAGUCGAGCUUGACCCUCCACUUGCAGAUGCUACUGCCCCAGCCGAGCCAGAAGAAUCCCAGACAGAGCGGCGCUGCCUCUAAGACGAUAGACUAUCUAUGUCUUGUUUCGGCUGCAAGACCGAACAAGUGGGGUUUUCUCUCUCCCCUCCUUCCUCCCUCCUCUCUCGGCUUGGCUCUAUACCGCGCAGUCCUGUUCGGCUGAUUGCUCGCCCAACCGUCCUACAGAUUUUUAAGUUCCGCAAGACAGCCCGCGCACGAGAUACCUCUUUCUACUGUCCAGCCACAGGCUCGUGUGUGUUCCUUGUUACUCCUGCCCCCAGGUGNGGGGG